CUACGUACCUUUAUGUAGGUACGGUAUCUAUGAUAAAUAGUGACAACCCAAAAACAACAAGUUAUCAUUUAAUUUUGUCAUAAAAAAUAAUGUUGGCAAAUUAUGUGUAAAUUUAGAACGAUAAAAUAUUAAAACGCAGUAUCUGUAAAUAAAACUUUGGUGUUAAAUAAACAAUGGCAAAUUGCAAACAAUGGUAAAAUUAAUAUAAUGCAACGUUGGUUUUUCCUAGAAGAAAGAAAAAUACAAAAAACCAAACCCGAAAGAAAAAUGUCCGAACCUGAACCAGAACAAAAGGCUGAACUAAUUUCCCAACAAUGGCAAUUCUCAGUAACCGUUCCGGAUAUAAAUCCCUUAAAGGAGAAAGUGUUCGUAACAGGUAACACUCCAGAACUUGGUGAAUGGGACUACACAAAAAUAAUUAUGAUGGAUUAUGACGAGGCUUCCAAUCUUUGGCUUAAAACUUUAACAAUACCAAAUACUUAUGAAGUUUUAUAUCGUUAUGCCAUAUGUUUCUUAAAUGAGAACUUAAAUGACGUGUUUAUUCGUAAAUGGGAAACAAAUAUACAUCCAAGAAUGAUAAAACAAACCAUGCUUCACCCUACCCAAGAUGUAUUUGGGGAAUAUGAUAAAAAACAAGGGAUCAGUACUGGAUGGCUCACCAAUCAAACUCUAAUUCAAUUUAAAUUUUCAAACAACCCUUUACAAUUAAAAAGCCGUUUAGCUGAAAGACUCAUAAAUAUUAAAGUCACUCCAGUGAAAUUAUUCUUUGGAACAGAACCGCAUAUUGAAGAAUCUUCGCUUAGUACUGAUACCACAGAUACUGAGUUACCAGCUGGAGUGCUAGUGGAAGUUGCAACACUGGCAAAUGAUCCUAAUAUCUGUCAUUUAAAACCACAGGAACAAUUUGGAAGAGAGUACAAAUUAAAUGAUGUUCUGCUAGUAAAUGUUACCACACCAAAUCCCAAGCAGCUGGCUUAUCUAAUAGACUUUUAUUCAUAUAGUAGUCGUGCAGCAUCUGAAGAUCCUCCUUGUCAUGUUGGAUACACUUAUGUGUUACCAAACAUGUUCAAACCCUCAGAAGGUAAUUUAGAAUUGCCAGUAACAUGUAAUGUAAAACAUCGACCUCUCGGAACUGUGAAUUUUGGAUACUUAAUAGUUUGUCCUAUGCAGGAAAAGCUUUGUAACUUGCAGGUUUCAUAUGCCAAGUAUUGGGACUCAAGUUGGACAGGGUUAGAAGUGGGACACAGAGGCUUGGGUGCAAGUUUUAAAACAAAAGAAGGAAAUGCUAUUCGUGAGAAUACAAUAGCUUCCCUUAAAAAAGCAGCUGCAAGUGGUGCAGAUCUGCUAGAGUUUGAUGUUCAACUGAGUAAAGAUAUGAUACCAGUUAUUUAUCAUGACUUUUAUGUGUGCAUAUCAAUGAAAAGAAAGAAGGAAAUUGAAUUUACAGAAAUGCUUGAAUUACCAGUGAAGGACUUGACUUUGGAACACCUACAAAAACUGAAGGUAUACCAUCUUGUAGAAGGACGAAGUAAAGAAACUUUAUUUUUUGAUGAUGACUUGGACGAGCACCAACCAUUUCCGACUUUAGAAGAUGCUCUUAAAGCAAUAGAUAUCCAUGUUGGAUUCAAUGUAGAAUUAAAAUGGACAAUGGAAAUGAAUGAUGGCACAUUUGAAUUAAACAAUCCAUUUGAUAUGAACACUUAUGUUGAUAAGGUGUUGGAAGUGGUACUGAAACAUGCUGGUGAACGCCGCAUUGUGUUUUCUUGCUUCAAUCCAGACAUUUGUACUAUGGUUAGGAAUAAGCAAAACAAAUAUCCUGUAAUGUUUUUGACUGUAGGUAUCACUAAUAAGUACCAGCCGUACCGGGACCCAAGAUGUCUGUCUAUCCCGGCGGCCGUACAAAGCGCUGUGAGCUCGGAUCUGCUCGGCAUCGUCGUGCACACCGAGGAUUUGCUCCGUGAUCCUACACAGGUGAAAUUAGCGACAGAUGCAGGUUUAGUCAUAUUCUGUUGGGGUGACGACAACAACGACAAAGAUACGAUCAAGAAAUUAAAAGAAAUGGGGCUGCACGCUGUGAUCUAUGAUAAAUUAGAUCAAUACAUAACCAAAGAAGUCAAGGAGAGCAUAUUCCUCGUCGAGGCCCGAGAGUCCCAACGAGAAAUAAUGCGACUGGCGGCGUUUGAAGAUUUACAUCCACCUGGAAGCUCUUCGUCACUCCAGACAAUUGAAUCAGAAAACCGACCUUACUUUGAUCUCUCUAUCCGUGAAAGAAUACAACAAAACUCCACAGCUACCUCCCUGGAGUCUCUCGCUUCCUCGAUGGACCUAAGAGAUGAGGCUCCCGAUAAAAAUUUAAAAAGAAACCGUGAAAUUAUAUCCGUAAUCGACAAGGAAAGUCAAGUCAAAGAACAGCGGAUGUCUUUUCAGGGACUUUUCCCGGCUGGAGAUAAUUCUUUAGGGUUGUCAAAAAAAUCCCGCACGAUCGAAAACGAUCGUAAAGACAUGUGAAGUUUCAUCUCAUGUAAAUUAAUUGCUCAAUUUGUAAAGAAAAAAAAAACGCUGCAUCGUGAGAUAAAAAUAGUUGCAGUAACUCCAUUUUAUGUUAUAUCAAUAAUAAUAUCUAUACAAUAUUAUUACAAUUUAAUCUUAUUAAACAAAUAUUAUUUUUACGUUUGAUUAACGAUAAUAUGUAGAACCCAAUGAAUCCAAUAUUUUAAUUUCGUUUUGAAUUAGGCUAGUAAUUUUACAAUUUAAACCAAUGAUUGAUUUUAAACAAAUAUUACUU